AUGGAAUCAUUAUAUCAUCAGCACCUACUAUCACUACCUGACGACUCGUCGCGGAGCCUAUUGGGAUUGGCCGAGUCGGAGAGCGGACUGAAGUCGCGCUUCGUGGAGCCGAUGAAGGGACCUCACCAACGGCCCUACUUCGACGACGUCGGCCCACGGAACGUGACGGCUGUGGUGGGCCAGUCGGCCCUGCUCAACUGCCGCGUCAAGCACCCGGGCGACAGGACGGUAUCUUGGAUGCGUAAACGCGACCUUCAUAUCCUCACAUCUGGCAUACACACGUAUACGGGAGACGCACGAUUCAGCGUACGCCAUCCCGAGCACAGCGACGAUUGGGACCUGCGCAUCGAGUACGUUCAGAAGCGGGAUGCUGGUGUGUACGAGUGUCAGGUCAACACUGAACCCAAAAUCAAUCUGGCCAUCAUGCUGAAUGUGGACGACUUGUCCUCCCUUGCCGCCACGCAUCCAGGCCCUCGCCCCAAAGACGCCCAGGCAACGAUCUCCGGCCCGCCCGAGGUGUACGUGAAGAAGGGCAGCACCAUCUCCCUCACGUGUACCGUAAACGUCCACUCGACGCCGCCCUCGUCCGUGCUGUGGUAUCACGGCCAUUCCGUCGUGGACUUCGACUCGCCCAGGGGCGGCAUCAGCCUAGAGACCGAGAAGACGGAAGCCGGCACCACCAGCAAACUUCUGGUCACUAAGGCUCUGCUGUCUGACACCGGAAACUACACUUGCAUGCCGUCCAACGCCAGCCCCGCGUCUACCGUUGUACACGUGCUGAAUGGAGAACACCCUGCGGCGAUGCAGACCAGCCGCGCGGGAGUCCCCCACCAGAUGGCGCUGCUGGCGUCGCUCAGCCUGCUGGCCCUGGCAGCGACCAGAUGA